GCAAGAUGCUGGAUAAAUAUAAAGCUGUAAACUGCCAAAUAUAUUUCAAUAAAUAUAAAAAUGCUAUGGUACAAAUCCCAAUUAAAAAGCAAAUAUUUCCAAUUGAAAAACAUAUAAAUACUAAUUCACAGCAGGCAAGUUAUGAAUAUGAAGGUGAGGAUGUUAUUUUGAAUAUGAUUAAUCUUUAUAUAAUGGCGCAGAUUAAUUAUGCUCUGCGAGAAAGUAAAGCUAGUGAGGAAGGGGCUAGAAUGACCGCUAUGGACAGCGCAACUAAAAAUGCUAAUGAGCUUAUUAACAAGUUAACAUUAAAGCUUAAUAGAUCUAGACAAGAUAUAAUUACUAAAGAUUUGACAGAAAUUAUUGCUGGAGCAGAGGCGAUUUAA